UGUGAUUCCACUUUGCCAGAAGCUGGUGUACUUGCUAGCUGAAGAUUUGUGUCCCCUCCAAACAGUAUCUUCUCCCUGAAAGAAGAGGAGGAGAAGGAAAAGAAGCUGAGCAUGGACAUGGAGCUUCAGCAGCAGCAGAAUAUUGAAAUGGAACAGUGCUAUAAUGAGAGUGAUAAUCCCUCCCAUUUUACCCAAGAUUGGGGCUUCUUAUUGCACCACCAAACUCUUCCUGCAACUUCAGUGCCUGAAACACCAUACCCACAUCUACAAACAACACCAGAUCUUCUUAGCAUGUUCCCUUUGCCAUCUUCUUUGAUCCCAAACCCACAUUCCAUUCCCCCUUCUAACAACGCCUAUCAGGAAUCCUCAGCCUUCUUCACUUCGUUAGGUCUCUUUGGGGACGAUGUAACAUCCCCAGAUUCAACUGUUGUUCAUCGUCAUGACGACCCUUCUAUGUUUACCUCUUUACCUCAGGGAGCCUAUGGCUUUGGUUGCUCAAGUGGUAGUAGCUCUCUGUUUGGUGAAAUGGAUGAUAAAUACCAGGUACUGGAUUAUGGUUCUUUCCACCAAGGUAUGGACGGAAGUGGUUUUGUUCACACAGGCUUUGAGUUUAAUGCUACCAUGGAAGGUUUGGGCAAAAAGAGAGGCAGCGGUAAUAGUAAGGACGCUAAGCAUUUUGCCUUGGAGAAGCAAAGGAGAGUCCAAUUCAAGGACAAGUUCCAAGCGUUAAGGAAGCUGAUUCCUAAUCCCACAAAGAAUGAUAGGGCAUCAAUUGUGGGGGAUGCUAUUGUCUACAUAAAUGACCUCAGGAACAGAGUGGCAAAGCUUGAGGCUGUUAUAGAGCAGAAGAGAAACAUCAGGGAGAAGAUGCAGAGGCAGAUCACAUCAGAUGGCGUAGAUGGGAAGUCAGAGGAUGAUAUGGACCAACCUUACAAUGUCAAUAUUGGAUCAUCUUCAAUGAGAUCCAGUUUCUGGUUCCAGAAAAAAUCCAAGAAUGCAGAAGUCGAUGUUCGUGUAAUGGCAGGCGAAGUUACAGUGAAAAUUGUCCAGGAGAAGGGGAGCAACUGCCUCCUCCCAGUUUCAGGUGUUCUUGAUGAGCUGCACCUUGAUCUGCACCAUAUUGCUGGAGGGAUAAUUGGUGAUCACUAUAAAUUCCUGUUCAACUACAAGAUCUUUGAAGGUACUACAUUGUAUGCUAGUUCCAUAGCCAACAAGCUCAUUGAGGCUGUGGAGAAAUCAGUACACACCCAUUUUGCCUGUAGCUAAUGAAAUGAUGUCCUACAACUUCAGAUUUUUCUGGAAAAGUAUCAACCUUCAUUUACCAUGGCAGAAAAAGAGAUGAUGCUUUUCUUAUUCUUAUUGCAGGCAUAUCUAAGAGGGUGAAUUUGUAAAAGUGAAUCAAGAGAUCUUUUUAAAUUUAAACUGCAUCACUUUUUAUCAGUACCCUAAAUACAG